AAACAUACACAGAUCUAGAUAGUCCACGUUAACUGCCCCAAUUCGAAGGAUUAAUCAGAGGCAUGCAAGCGGCGUUACAUAAACAAUGAAAGGCUUUUAGGACCUGCAAAUGGAACCGCACGCAGGUGGACUAAUGAGCCACGCAUCGAUUCGGUUUUUGGGGCAAUCUCUGCACACAGUAUUGUACUGCCCGGUGUAUAUUCAGUCCGGGUGUUGACUUUGGACCGGAUGCCAGGGCAUCGAUUUUGAGAGUUCGAUUCGGAGCCGCGUGGGCGAGCGAUGUUCCUGAAACGGAAAUGCCGCAAGAGAAACGCCAUCCGCCGGAGUCCAGAAGGCAGCGCGGCCUCCAGACGUUGGUCAUCUUUCGGCGCAGCCUCAUCUAUCAGACAAAGGAGUUCUUCCAGAACUCGACGCUCCACGGAGUGCGCUACAUUGCCGAAACGGGCCGGCCCAUCGGCGAGAAGUUCAUGUGGUUCUGUUUCACAUCGAUCGGAGCGGUCACCGCACUGGUCAUCAUCAUGAGCCUCUGGGAGAAGUUCCAGACCAAUCCGACCAUUACGGGCCUGGACACCGACUUUCACAACCAGAACGUGGUCUUUCCCACCACCGUCGUCUGUCCGGAGGCGCCUUUUGACCACGAAAAGACCUAUGAGAGGGUUUACAAUACCCUGGCCAACUACGACGAGGCCCAGGCUCAAAUGUACACCCCGUUCCUGCGCCUGCUGACCUCCCUGAACUUCGAUAGCAUCCGGGAUGCCAAGGUGCUGGCCCAGCCGAUUCCGCAGAAUCUGCUGGAUGCGAAAACCAUCCGGGAGUGGGCCUUCGAAGGACACAUUAGCUGCGAAAGCACCUUCGUGUCCUGCAAGUAUCGCGACGAGGAGAUACCCUGUUGCGACCACUUCGAGCCCAUUUACACGGAGCACGGCUUUUGCUACGCCUUUAACAGCAGGUUCAAGUCCACAGCCACCGAAGAUCUCAAGACGGGUGCACCUCAUGAUCUCUACGAAACCGACAAGAAGUGGGCGCUCUUCUUUGUGCCCAACAGCACUUCAAGUAUCUUCAUCUUCUCGAACGAGGAAUACUUUGGUUCAGACUUUAAUGCGCAGAUCGAUUGGUCGGAGCCACAGCUGGUGGAGGUGAGGAUCUCGAAGAAGAACACCUACACCACGGACGAUGCCCGCCAGCUGUCCAUUGGCCAGAGGAAGUGCAUCUUCAGCGACGAGGUGAAGCUGAACUAUUUUCCGGACGCCUAUACCUUCUCAUCCUGCAUGAAGCAGUGUCGCAUGAACAAGGCCAUCAAGCUUUGCAAGUGCAAUCCGCCCUUCUACAAGCCCAUAGCCAAUGUGCCCAUGUGCAUGGUCAAGGACUUCGAUUGCCUCGAUGAGUUUAAGACGAACAUCACCAACAUCAAGGACUGUCUGCAGUGUGAGCUCAGCUGCUCGAAGACGGUCUUCAACAUUGAUAAGCUCAUCAAAAUAGUGGACCGACCAGAAGCCCAAGGUGUGCUGGUGGAGUUCCUCACCUGGCCGAUUAUUCGCUAUAAACGUGAGGUCCUUUUCGGCUGGGUGGAUCUGCUGGUGUCCUUCGGCGGAAUCGCCAGUCUUUUUCUCGGAUUUUCACUGCUUUCAGGUGUGGAGAUAAUCUACUAUUUUACCCUGCGUGCCUGCUGUAUGGUCUAUAAAAAUCGGAAAGAGCUGUACGAGAUCGAGGAGCAAAUCCGUCUGGAGCCCCCACCCAAAAUAGACUUGAAUCUUACUUUGAAAUCGCACUCGAAGCCAAGGGUUGGGGAUAUGCCCACUUCGGCGGUGCUGAAGGUGAAACCAGCGGAGGAAACCAGGGGACCACAAAAUCCCUUGGGGGGUUAUUCCAGAAAACAUGGAAAGGACUUUUCGAACCACACAAAGAACUAUUAUAAAACACCUAAAGUUUUACCCGACUAUGGAUACCCAAGUAAUAAAAAAAAUCCCUGGACAACUUACGAUCAUUCGCAAUAUAUGCCUUAGCUCCUUAAACACGCAAUCGUUUUUAUAAAUAAAAACUAAAAUACUAAUGAACAAAUACAACUGCGGCAAAUGCAAUAAUUAUUUAAAUAUAAAUUACGAGCAAAAUCAUUAAGAUAUCCGCUUUGAUUUAUUCAGUAGCAGAUCAAAUCAAUUAAGAGCAUUAACCAACAAGCAAACGAUAUAUUAAUAUCCAAAAACCCUAAAAAAAUACUAAAAUCAUACAGCUGUGCUUUAAAUAAUGUUUGAAUGUGCAUUUUAAUAAAAAUUGAACUAUUAAUUGUUUCUUACUUCAUUCUUCUUUCAUUAAUAUUAGUGGAACAUAAAAAAAGGCAUUGAAUUGGUUUUAUUUU